AUCCAAACACACGCACUCGCAUACAGCCACACACCACCACGCGUUGCCAUGGCCGGCUCCAUCAUCCCGAGCACAAGCAACGGGGAAGAUGCGUCGGCGGCGGCCACGACGAAGCUGGGCCGGCUCAACGCGGCGGUGGAGCGGUCGUGGGUCGGGUGGCGAUUCCGACUCGCGGCGCGCGGGACCACGUUCACCACGGAGCUGCGCGCCGGCACGGCCACGUUCCUCACCAUGGCCUACAUCCUCGCCGUCAACGCCUCCAUCCUCUCCGACUCCGGCGCGACCUGCACCGUGGACGACUGCGACGCGCCCUCGCCCGGAUGCAAGUUCCCGCCCGUCGACCCCGGGUACGCCGCCUGCGUGGCGCGCGUCCGCCGGGACCUAAUCGUGGCCACCGCGGCGUCGUCCGUGAUCGGAUCCUUCAUUAUGGGCGCGUUCGCUAACCUCCCGAUCGCGCUCGCGCCCGGGAUGGGCACCAACGCGUACUUCGCCUACACCGUCGUCGGGUUCCACGGCUCCGGCACGCUCUCCUACCGCACCGCGCUCGCUGCGGUAUUCCUUGAGGGCCUCAUCUUUCUCUUGAUCUCCAUCGUGGGCCUGCGGUCCAAAAUCGCGCAAUUCAUCCCCAAGCCAGUCCGUAUCUCGUCGUCCGCGGGGAUCGGGCUGUUCUUGGCGUUCAUCGGGCUGCAGAGCAACGAAGGCGUGGGGCUCGUGGGGUUUAGCUCGUCGACGCUGGUCACCCUUGGUGCGUGCCCGGCGUCGCAGCGCGCGUCCGUGGCGCCAGUGGUGACGUUCCCCAAUGGUACGGUGGCGCUGAUGCCGGGCGGCGUGGUCUCCGGUGGCAUACUCUGUCUCUCCGGCCGUAUGACCUCCCCAACAUUCUGGCUCGCCGCCGUCGGCUUCCUCAUCAUCGCCUUCUGCCUGAUCAAGAACGUCAAGGGCGCUUUGAUCUACGGCAUCCUGUUCGUGACCUUCGUGUCCUGGCCGCGCCACACCGCCGUCACCGCGUUCCCGGACACGCCCGCCGGCGACGACAGCUUCAACUACUUCAAGAAGGUGUUCGACGUGCACCGCAUCCGGUCCACGGCCGGCGCGCUCGACUUCCGCGGCAUCGGGCACGGCUACUUCUGGGAGGCGCUCUUCACCUUCCUCUACGUCGACAUUCUCGACACCACCGGUGGACUCUACUCCAUGGCGCGGUUCGCCGGGUUCGUAGACGACGCGACAGGGGAGUUCGAGGGGCAGUACUUCGCCUUCAUGUCGGACGCGACGGCCAUCGUGUUCGGGUCGCUACUGGGCACGUCCCCUGUGACGGCGUUCAUCGAGUCGUCGACGGGGAUCCGGGAGGGCGGGCGCACGGGACUGACGGCGCUGACUGCAGCGGCCUACUUUGUGGCGGCGCUGUUCAUAACGCCACUGCUGGCAUCGAUCCCGUCCUCGGCGGUCGGCCCGCCGCUGGUGCUGGUGGGCGUCAUGAUGAUGCGCGCGGUGGCGGAGGUGGACUGGAACGACAUGCGGCAGGCCGUGCCGGCGUUCAUGACGCUCGCGCUGAUGCCUCUCACUUACUCCAUCGCCUACGGCCUCAUCGGCGGCAUCGGCACCUACAUGCUGCUGCACUCGUGGGACUGGGCGUGCGAGGCCGCCGCGAGACUCGGCUGCCCACGCAAGGUCGGAGGCGGCGGCGAGGGGGCGCGCGCGGAGAGGAGCGACGGCGGCGAGGCAGAGCAGGGGAAGGAGAUAGAAUCGGCAUAGCAUCUCCUUCCCCUUUUGUCUUGUCUCCAUCUCCUUUUGGGUAUAAAUCAUUUCUCUUUUUCUUAGGAUUUUGUUGUAGGUGGCCAGGACUCAGGAUUUUACUGUACCAGGUAAACAUGGAUCAGUUUCAAUAGUAGAAUGUUCAUCUGUAAUCUUAAUUCGAAAUGUAUUACAACAUCCGGUACAGAGCUCGCAUUA